UCAUCCAUGAGGAUGGCUUCUCUGGAGAAGACGUGAAGCAGUACAAGCCAGUGGUCUACAGCAACACUAUACAGUCACUGGCCGCUAUUGUACGUGCCAUGGAUACCUUGGGCAUUGAAUACGGUGAUAAGGAACGACGGGCUGAUGCCAAGAUGGUCUGUGAUGUCGUAAGUCGGAUGGAGGACACAGAGCCCUUCUCUCCAGAGCUGCUGUCAGCUAUGAUGAGACUCUGGGCAGACUCUGGGAUCCAAGAAUGCUUCAACCGGUCCCGGGAGUAUCAACUCAAUGACUCGGCCCAAUACUACCUAGACAGCUUAGAUCGAAUUGGAGCUGCAGACUACCAACCCACGGAGCAGGAUAUCCUCCGAACCAGGGUGAAAACAACUGGCAUUGUAGAAACCCACUUCACAUUCAAAAACCUCCACUUCAGGCUCUUUGAUGUCGGGGGCCAGCGGUCAGAACGCAAGAAGUGGAUUCACUGCUUUGAGGAUGUCACAGCGAUCAUUUUCUGUGUCGCGCUGAGUGGCUACGACCAGGUGCUCCAUGAAGAUGAAACCACGAACCGCAUGCACGAAUCACUGAAGCUUUUUGACAGCAUCUGCAACAACAAAUGGUUCACAGAUACAUCUAUCAUCCUCUUUCUAAACAAGAAGGACAUAUUUGAGGAGAAAAUUAAGAAAUCUCCACUGACUAUCUGCUUUCCUGAGUAUACAGGCCCCAACUCUUUCACAGAGGCAGUGGCUUACAUCCAGGCUCAGUACGAGAGCAAGAACAAGUCCCCCAACAAGGAGAUCUACACACACAUCACCUGCGCCACCGACACCAACAACAUCCAGUUCGUCUUUGACGCCGUCACGGAUGUCAUCAUCGCCAACAACCUGCGGGGAUGCGGACUCUACUGAAGCCCUCCCCUCCUCUCCUCACACCUGCUGGGAGCAUCCUCCAGUCCCGCGGACAGGUCCUCUCUCUUUUCUUCUUUUUUUUUCUCCUCCGAAGAUGAUGAGGAAGAAGUACAUAAAUCCCUCCUCCCGUCCCAGAAAACUUUGCAGCAAGUUCUGCUUUCCCCAGCCCUGUUUUAUUUUAUUUUGGUUUAUUUCUGGUUCGUUCCCUUGCUGCCUCAUUCUACUCCUCCGUUCCAAUUUGCAGUGCCAUAGAGGGAGCUAACGCAUUUCCCACAAAGUGCAUUUCAACUGCCAAAAGACAAAAAUACUUCCGUUUUAAAAAAAGAAAAAAAUCAAAGCCUUAAAAUAGGGGUCAGCCACAGUGUAGUUUGGAACUGAACCUUUUUUUUUCCUUGAAAUUACGGGAUAUUUUUAAUUCUCCUCAUUAUUUAUCUUUUUUUAAAAACACUGUUCCUUUGGGAAGUGCUAGAUACAACAUGAUUAUUUUGAGGGUACCUUAUGGCUCCAGUUCCUACCCCACAGCUGGAGGGGUCAGUGUUGAACACAGCCACCACAGCUUGGAUUUGUAUACUCUCCUUUUUUCCAGACAGCUAUUUGAACAAGUAAGACAGCCAUAUUGAGUUCUGCUGGUGUCUAAGACAGACACAGUAACAAAACCUACUAAGUUUUGUCUAAAAGCAUUCAUUACCAGUAACAGUUUUACCUCAAUUUUUUCAAAAUUAAUGUUAAAAUUUGUCUAGUGGUUUCAGUAACCUGUUUGUUAGGCACUUGUCUGGAUGCCACAGAGCUGCUGAGCUGAGUUGGUCAGUGGCAGCUGGGCUUGGAUCCCUGGAGUGUAGGCAGGAGGAUGCCCUGGGACGGCGUCCUGACGGGGACCCUGCACUCAGGAGCAUCCCAGCCAGGAUCCCAGCCUGGGCACCCAGCGGCCUUUCCCAAAGCACCUCCCAGCCUAAGUGAUUUCAGCAGAGCGGAUGCUCCUGCAAACACACAGCAUCUCUUUCCACACUGCAGCCCUGAAUCCCUGGGAUGCACCAAAAAUAUUUACCCCUGGCUCCUUGUAGGCAGAGUUUGGCCUUCAAGUAUCUGGAAAGUGGGGAGGUGCUUUGGGAAGACUCACCAUGCUUGGUGACAGCAAGGUGUGCAGGAGCCUCACGCUCUUCAUGUCCACCUUGGACAUCUAAAUACCCUUGAGAAGCCUGACUUUGCACUCUGAGCCUCCUUGGCUGAGCAGAAUCUGGUAGCUUGCCUGUGUCAUCUCCUGCCUGGGCAUCCAAGAGCUCCAGGUUUGGUGUCUCCUGUCAGGGAGUCUCUUUACCGGUAUCUAAAGCAAGAGGGCUGGUGUGUACCGGCUGUGUAGUGAGGGCUCAGGGAGCUGAUAUGAGCCAAGGGAUGGAGUAGGAAGGAAAAGUGCAAGGAAGGGAAAGAAGAGAGGGAGUAAAGGCAGGGGAGAGGUGUGGAAAUAGCAAGGGUAGCAUCCAGCAGAGCAAAAUGUGGGGGCACAGAGAGGAGGACAAACACGGCCGGGCCAGGUUAGGUGUGGCCAUCCGCCUGCCAUCACCAAGAGCUCCGGGUACCAUCAGGGUGAAGGCAGAGGGAGCAUGAGAGGUGGGGUAUCACCUCUGGGAUCAUGGAGGAACCCUUAGAAAUCCACCCCGAAAGCUUCUUUGGUGUCUGGGUGAGACAACCACCUCUGAGGUCCCACUCAGCAUGGCAUCUGGGGGCAGGUAGGCAGUGCUGAUCCCUGCCUCUGCUCUAACUCUUACAAGUCCACGAUCCUGGAAAAUGUGAGUCUUUCCAGGCCAGUGACAAGUUCAGCUGUCCUCUCUUGGGAGCCUGAGCUAGGGGUGUCUUUCAGGUCUCAGGAGGUCUAAGUUUUCUCCAGUGCCAUGCCUGAGAGGGACAAUAUCUCUUUUCUCACUGUGCCUAUCUAAGGAGAGAUGGUGUGAGAGCAGCCUAAAGCAGCACAGCCCAAAGGCACAGGGCCAGGUGAGCGUUGCUGUGCAGGAGGCAGGGAAAGGAGCAGGUACAUGGCAUGGGAUGGAGAAGACUGUUGGAGGAGAUGGUGGGCGGGGUGGUUUGGGAGAGAAGUUGCAGAAGGGAGAUGAGGCAGGUUGAUGCAGCAGGGAGGACAGGAAGAGAAGGGCACCUGAGAGCUGGAGGAGAGUCCCCGUCAGAGGUUGUACUCUGCUGGGAAAAAAACCCAGCCAGGGGUUUAAACAAAACUCCCGCCAGGGAUGUGAGGCAGGAGCACCCCAGGGCAAACAGGGGAGGCCUGAGGAGGAGAACAAGGUGGCUUUCACCCAUCUAUCCAGCUCACAGCCCAGCAUGGUUGGCAGCUGUGUCAGUAACCCCCUAAAUAGCAUCAAAUGAUAAAACUGUGUUUAGUAUUGUACAGUGAGGAUCCACUGCUGCUCUGUUGGACACUAACAGCAAUAACGCCAGGUCUCUGUCUCCCUUGCUCUGGCACAAGUGAGUACACACCUUUCUUUUCACACUUCAGCCUUAAAAUACCUCCAGCAGCAUCAGCUCCUGCAGAGAGCUGGCCAGCCAGUAAAUCCAGGAGCCCCUCUGCUCCUCACACCACAUCCCACCCACACGCCUUGUUUUCCCAGGUCCCAGCUUCUCUCCCAGCUCCAUUUAAUGCCAGCACACUCUGCUCUACAACUCUAAACCAAAGGAACACUGAACACAAAGCCUGCGCAUGUUUUUGUAUUUGAUUUAGCUUAGGAUUUUCAGAGUCAAUGAGAAGGUUUUCCAAAGAAAGGAUCCCAAUGGGAAGCACCGACCCAGUUCUCUGGUUCCUUGGAAGGGACCAGCUGAUGGCAAUGGGACGGUGCUUCUGCUGUAGGAGGGGCAGGGAAUUAGCUGGAGGGAUGCAGAGGGACAGGGAUGUGCCUGGAGCUUGUCCCAUGUGGUUGGCUGAGUCCCACCAGGAACACCUAGCAUCCAAAUGUAUGUUGUGUGUCAAAAUGAGGGCUGAAAAGCUGAAUAUUAGCUUCAUUUGGUACAUAAAGUGUAUGUAACUGCUAGACCCAGAGUGCAGGGCCAGACCUGUGUGCUGUGGUGCGCUGAUGGCUUGCACUGCCAGUGAGGCAGGCCUUAUAUUAAGCUCUGUCAGAAGAGUUUGAUCAGCAUCACUAGAAUUUUGGAGAUUUUCUGUCCCCACCCCUUGCUGUAGGUGACAUUUUAUCCAAGCAAAUAAGUAACAGAAGCUGUUCCCAGUGAAGGCAGCACCAAGCCAAGGCUUCAGGACUUAAAGCGCACAGAACUAUUCUGGUAAAGACAAUUUAAAUUAACUCAACCCCAAACUCUGCUGAAUGCAUCUGAGUCACCAGUGCCACCUCAGUGCACUUGUGCCACGCUCCGGGUUGAACUCAGGUAGCCCGUACCCGGCUGUGCUGGCUGGGAGGUCCAAACCCCCUCCUGCCCCAGCCCCUCCACAACUCCAGCUGCUUCCCCAGCAUGUUGGUGACAGCCAACGGCUGGGGCUCCACAGGGACAAAAAGAGGAGGAAAUGUUGACACACAGAGUCUUUUCUUUCAUUUUCUUCAGUAUAUUGUAUGUCUAAAGCUUCAUUUCAGCUGCUGCUGCUGACAUUCCCUCCCUCACACGAGUGUCGUGAGGAUUCACUGACAAAGGCUGGAAAUGGCAUUUGGAAGACAAAAUGCUUCCAGCGUUAAACACUACUAUUUCUCCCGCUUGAUGGCCAUGUAUAGAUUUUUGUCGCCAAAACGCCUGCCAAAGCAUUACUCACUGCUAGCUUUCUGCAUCCUCCCAAGCCUUUUCUGACAGAUGUGCCUUCUGCAGGCAAUCUUUUGCCCUGUGCUUUUUCUAAACACCAUCAAUUGCCUAGAAAGAAGACCUUGAAAUACACUGCCUGCUUUCAAAAGCCCUCUUCUUAAUAGCCCCUUGUGCUCUGCAAUUGCAGUGCUCCAAAUCCCGAGCCUCAGAGGCCCUGAGUUCUGUUUAAUUUGCAGCCUCCACAUAACAGGGGUGUUGCAACGGAUACAGCUGCAUCAGAAAUCAUACCAGGGCACGGGGGACAUAUUUUAAAAGCACAGAACUGAAACAGCUACCUAUAUACCCUGCUGGCCUUCAAAGCUAAUGUGAGGGUUUGCAAAAGAUGCCCUUCUGAGGAUGCAGGAGGUUUUUAAUGACUCCGGUCACCUGUCCAGCAGCAGCAUCUGAGGGGCGUCACGUUGCAAGCAGUGUUAGGAGCUCGUGAUGUUUCAGACAGCAUCAAAAAGAAAGAAGGAAGCCCCACAGCUUGUUCCAUCAGCAAUGAGAGGGUCAAGUGGGGAGCCGUGAGAUAAAAACAAAAUGCAAAUAACUCCUUUAUUUAAACAAUAAUUUCAAUGAAAUAGAGAAACCUGUACAAGAAAGCCUUGAAAUGAACCUGUAGAUGAGGCUGCAGGGUUAAGGUGCAGAGCACCGUCCUCCCUGGGAGGAUGCAGUAGCUGGGCUUGUCAGGAGAACUAGCAAUAAACACGCGCUGGGAAAGCACACGUUAAAAUACAGCCACAUACUUCAAAGGCCAUUUUUUUUCUUUAGCAAAUAGAGUUCACAGUCUGUUUUUUACAUGCGGCCGGAGGAACCCAGUGGAGUGGCAGGGCAGCGGGACUGUGUGGCGAGGCCAUCUGGCCCCUCCGUCUGCUAGCACAGGGCUGUCCCUGCUGCCCCUGCCCUCCCACGGGGUGAAGGGUCGGCGGCUUCCCACCACUGCCCUCCCAGAAAUUCUUCCAACUACAUCUCUCUCAGGAGUUUUGUACAAGAAUUAGCUUCUUGCCUUGCCAGCCUCCCUGGAUGGCUGGCCAGCCUGUCCCUCCAUGGAGGGGACGGCAUCCUCACGAGGAGGCUGCCAUGGCUCCUCAGUAGAUGUGAUUUUGUUUUACAGGACACUAAAAGUAUUAAUGAGAGCAGUCUAUACUGUAAUGUAUAUUAAAAUGUACCUGGUGGGUUUAAUCUAUUGUGAGUCCAGUGCUUGCCUGCAAGGGAACAGACUGUUCUCAGGCCAGGAAUGCAAUCCGAGAGGUCAGGUUGGGACAUAGAUGUCUUUUUGCCAAAACAUCCCCGUGUGCUCAGUCGCUGCUGCAUGAAGCGUCGGGCAGCCCCUCACUGUGCAGCUCGACAAGGCACCGGGUUCAGCUGCGGGUGGCAGACAUCCCCCAUGGGGGAUUUUGCAGUUAAUGCUCUUAACAGGGACCAACCCUGCACUGUUCACCUGUAAGAUGUGUCCAAGUAUUUUGUGGCCAAAAAAACCUCCUGAAGCCAGGGAGAGUUGUUGAGUUCCUGGGAACAAGGCUGACCGUCUGUCAAGUCGAUUAGAAAAGCUUAGUACUAGUGUAUUUGUGUCUUUGUCAUGGGCCAGGUUUGUCUUCAGGCUUACGACCAAAAACCCCACAACCAUUUCCAAGGAGACUACAACACUCAUUAAGGAUCUGAUGCCAGAAGCGUCAAGGUCAGUAGAGAUGGUGCUACCGAGCAUCAUCCCGAACCACCCAAACCCAUCACACAUCUGCAUCCCCAACACACGCACGAGAAAUCAGGGACCUGGUCCAGGUGGCACAAAAAAAGUGGACCACAGUCUCGUCUCUACCUCCCCAAAGGAAAGAGCAGGCAGAAACCCUCUCCCAGAGCACCCCAAGACUUGAGUGUACGUUGCCAUUUCUGAGCUCCUGCAAUGACCUGCAAUAACUGAUGCUGGCAGAUAUAGGUACAGAACCUAUAUAAGACCUUGUGCUGAGAAUGUAGCUAUGGAAAGGGACUUCUCACAGGACUGCUCAUGUCCAGACCAGCAGCCUGCAAGAUCUUUAUUUGUGCUGCAAAAUCUAGCAAGUAUGACCUUUAAACACUGAUCUGUUAAUAAGAGGAGGACCACCAAAGCCUCCUGGCUGGCACCCUGCAGGCAGAGGGAGAGGGGAGAGAGCUGGGAUGGAUAUAGGGCAAAAAACAUGUCACAGAGAGGGCAGCUCAGUUCUCCAUGGGCACCGGGUGCAGCAGCCGUGGGGAGGAGAGAGCCAGGGAGGAGGUGGAGGGCUGGGAGCCGGCCCGACACUUGCUGCCCCAGCUCCUCCCACCCAGUGUCUUGGAAAUUGAUGUCAUGACCAAAUCCUGGCUGGCCUGUAGCACAGGCAAGCAGCUUCAGGUCUAACCCCCCUGCUCCAGGUGGGGAGAGAUCACAGCAGGUAACAACAGGAUUUUCAGCAUUGACCAAGUCUCACCAGCAUUUCCAGUGCUGGAGCUACGCAAUGGUACUGGGCAAGAAAAUAGGGCUGUUUAAAGACCAGUUACUGCCCCAUUGAAUAGCCCAGACCCUAAUUUAAGAUCCUCAGCCCUAUUCCCCCCACCUCCCCUUUCCCUCCUUCAGCUCGACAAGGGAACAGUGACCAUCACCCUGCCUCUGGGCUCCCUGCUCCCCACCACAUUUCUUCCCAAAGGAUCACCGGAGGCCGCCACGAUUUUCCUUUUGCUGGUUUCCCGCUGAAUCAUUUCUCCUGCAUGUUUGAUGGCCCAAACUGUAUUAACUGUAAUUUUGUACGAAGAGUGACUGUCCAUUGGUUUAAUAGAGCAUUAGUUAUUGUAAUAAUUUAUUGGCUGUUGGUAAUGUAUUUAUUAGUUACAAACUGUUAAUAAAGUGCCAGCUCUUUUCUAGUG